UAUUAAUUUUAAUCUUAACUUACAAUUAAAAAAACUAUUUUUGAAACGUAUUAUUUUGAUUUAAUGAUUAAUAAUCGGUAGCUUUAUCAUAGUAAUUCAAUGGCAAAGUUCUAAGAAAAAAAUAUUUUUCAGUUUAUCACACCAAGCUAUGUUAAUUUGUAUAUAUUAUACAUAUAUAUUGAUAUAGAAAUGGACCAGGCAGCUCACAUGAAUAGCAUAAGCAAAACAUGCAAUGAAUUUAAGAAGCAAUAUGAUUCCUGCUUUCAUGUGUGGUUUUCUGAGAAAUUCCUGGAAGGUGACAAAAAUGAUUCCACGUGCGCCAAAUUACUUGGAGUCUAUCAGCAAUGUCUUAAGGAAGCUAUGAAAGAACAAAACAUUGAAUUAAAAGAAAUUGAAGAAAAUCAUUUAGGAACCGAAAAAGAAAAGAAGCAGCCAGGUUGAUAAUAGGAUAAUAGUAAAUUUAUAUAUUUAUUUUCAAAUAAACAAACUCUUGCAACAAUAAGAUAAUGACAGAUAUUCUAUGUAUUAUAUAACUUAUAAUUAUAUAGGCAAACCAAUAGAUUAAGUCUUUCCCAGUUUAAACAUUACACAUAGAAACAUUUUAUUAAAUAUAUCAUUAAUA